AUGGAAACCACCACCACUCAAUCAGAUGGGUUUAGGGCAGAGAUACCCGAUCCGGAACUGGCAGUAGUGCAAAUUCGGUCUCUAGAUGAGCCUCAAUCACCGAGCAUCCAGUCCGAAGAAUCCGGAUGCCGCAAGUCGUCACUGUACGUGUACGGGGACGGCCAGUUCAGUAUUACGCUCAAACACUACGACAGUAUCGUAAGCGAGGUGAAAUGUCCGGGAUGUGCGGAACCUAUGGACGGACCCAUCACAAUGUGCGGGACCGGUCACAGUAUCUGCGCUAUCUGUCGUGUUAAGCGGGGCAUAUGUCCACUGUGUGGAGACCGUGUUACCGAGCUGCGUAACUACACGCUGGAAGCGAUCGUGUCCAAAGUACAGUUCCCGUGCAAGAACGCCACCAAGGGCUGUGCAGUACGCCUUCCGCUGCAGCUAUUGCGCUGGCACAAAGAACGAUGCGGGUACAAGCUGAUCGAGUGCUUCAUGGGUAAGGUUUGGGGAUCUUGCGGAUGGCAUGGCUGCGAGCGAGACUGGAUGAAUCAUUGCCUAGAGGCACACGCCGACCAUGUGUACCAGGAACCGAUUGUGGAGCUACUCUGGGAAUUCGGGGCAGAAGCUAACCAGCGCGCCUCGGAAUUGCAGCUGGUAGUUGCUUACCACGUACUGUGUGCGUACGGUGAAGCAUUUAACCUAUAUCAAGUGUACGAUCAGGACAGUCGAACCGUACUGUGGACAGUAAUUUGUGCUACCAAGGAAUCGAAGGUUAGCGUUCGAUUCGCGUUUGAGUUGGAGCUAUAUUCGCCCGUGGACAGCUGGAAGCUUAUGGUACAGCGCUUCCCAUGUCAUUCGGAGCUUGAUCCCGACUUUCUGAAAGAUGGUCACUGUGCCAAGAUUCCACUCGCUGAUGCGCUACGCUUCAUGACGGACGAAAAGGUUUUGCACUACCGAGUGCGAGUCCUUGAGGUAGGUCCUUCACGCAGCCAAAGCUUAAUGAAGUUGAGCACCGCGUCGUCUUCACAUCUACCAACCAACUACUGCUGCAAACACAUCGAAAAUGUUAACCUCAAGGCAGUCCCCGAAGGUAACAUCAUCUGUAGAAAGCAGCCAUCUUUCAACACCGAUCCGACUACACCUCAGGAUGAUGAUGAAGUGUUUCUACCCUACGCGGAUGCUGAUGAAGAGCCGAUCGACGGUACGCCCGGUAGAGCAGUUCGGCCACACUGCGAACACAACUCGCCUGUCCGAUCGUCCAGCCUGAGGUUGGCUACUUCAGUGCCAAUGUUGGCCCAAGCAGCCCUGUCAGAUGCUAGCGAACCGCGGCAGGAAGUUGAGUUGCAACCAAUCCAGCAGCUAGUACGAGUGAAGGUUGCCGAACGGGAGCAGGCCGUGAAGAUGCAUGCCCAGUACGCGAUGCGGAAAACUUCGUCCAAGACAAACGGCAGUGUAGAACGAGGUUCUAGCGAGAGCCUCGCCUUGAAACCUUUAAAGGGCACGGGAUUAUCAAAAUUUUACAACGUCACUGUUUACAAGGCAGCAAAAUUUCUAGACAAGAAAGGCAUCAAGUGA